GCGCGUUCGUGUGAAGAGAGGGAACAGGAGAGGACAGUCGUGAGUUCACGAAGAAGCACGAAGUUACGGAGUGGCAGUGGAAGCUUGAGGCGAACACGCCGCCGGUUCUCUCACUUGUUGAGUGUCGAGCGACGAACCGAGUCCUACCGUUCGUUCACGGCGACCGGUAGAGACAUUACGGUCGCGUGUUUCGCCGUGCACCGUCGACACGAUUGGCACGAUUUCGAACGUGCACGUGAACGCGAACGCGGUGCGCAUGCGCGGAUUUGGUUCGCGCCGGGGAAGUAGCGUGCGCCGCGGCAGUGCGAUCAAUCGAUCCAUCGAUCCAACCGCGAUCAGUGGCCUACGGUUGUUACGAAGAAAACGUGAAUUGUGCCGGUGCACCGGGAUUCUCUCGUCGCAAAGUCGCGUGCCUUAUCAUUAUUGUUCAGGUGCACGGUGGCCAAAAGUUCCUGGAACAGCGUACGGCAUCUAUUUUCGAGUGCUCGAGUCACGGUAAAUUCGCGCCGGCCGACUGUCCACCGCAACGAUCAUUCCGUCGUAUGUAUUUGUCGUGUAAUCGAACCGCGCGCGAUCGACACGGAUCCGAACGUCGGGAAAAUGUUCGAUCGAACGGAACGUUGACUCGUCGCUGAAUCGAUGGAAGAAACAUUGUUACAGUUCUCAGAGACGGACCGUCUUAUUUCCGUAGCCGAUUGGGACGACCGGACUGGUCGAUACGUUGCCGCUGUCAGAAACAAGCCCCGUCGCAGUUGCCACCGGCUAUUGUUGUUGUCACGAUUGUCCUACUCGCGCGUUGCAUAAGCAUCGUCAGUGGUGAUUACGUAAGACCGAAUUCCUUCGGAAGGAACAGUCGUUAAAUCGGACAGAAAACGUGGUAUAUUGCGUGGAUGACGAUCGCAACGGAAACGUGUGCUUCUUCCGCGAGAACGUCUUCUAUCGUCGAUAGAUCAUUCUUGCAAUCGAUUACGAUCUCGUAUAGGUUCAAUUUGUAUAGUAGUAUCGGUCUAAUCUACUCGAAAAUGCGGAGUAAGUGUGAAAAUUAAUGGAACAAAGAUUUCGAGAGUGUGCAGUCGAUUGUUUGGUUUGUAAUCAUAGGGGAAUGAUUUUUUAGUGAUAUUUGUGCAGUUUUAUUCGCGUUCGAGCCUUUGAUCCCGCGUCGCGAUAACAAACCUGCCGCCUGUCAGCCGGUUUAAAUUUCCCGCGCGCAGUGCACGUGUUGUGAUCAACGACGAUGGCGAUGAAGAGCCGGAAGCAGUAUAGCGGCCCCAGUUUCGGAUCAAAGAGUCAUUAUCCUGCAAUCAGUCAGGCUUACUGGGCGCCGCAGCCGCAGAAUGUACCUUAUUCCAUCCCAGAACGCAAACUGUUCGUUGGCAUGCUGUCGAAAAAAUUCACCGAAAAUGAUGUCAGGAACAUGUUCAGUGUCUACGGGACUAUCGAAGAGUGCUCGGUGCUGAGGGACAGCACUGGAAAGAGUAAAGCCUGUGCCUUCGUUACUUUCGCUAGUAAACAAUACGCCAUCAACGCCAUUAAAGCUCUGCAUCAUUCGCAAACGAUGGAGGGAUGCUCGUCGCCGCUGGUCGUGAAAUUUGCAGACACGCAAAAGGAAAAGGACCAAAAGAGGAUGCAGCAACUCCAAACGAAUCUUUGGAACAUAGCAGGAGUCAACAUGGCGCCGCAUUACCUGACCAACGAUACGCCUACUCUGGCGCCUACCUCGUUGCAGUUGUUGCAACAACUUCAGGCAACGACGAGUGCAGCGACUCCGGUUGCGGCAGGUGCUGGCGCGAACGCUCUGUCGAAUGUUCAGCAUCAAUUAUUGUUACAACAACACCUAGGCCUAGGCGCGGCGACCCCGGCACACGCUGCUGCACCAGCGGUACCGAGUCCGCCCGAAAUCAAUCCUGCGAAUCUUCAGAGCUUAGCGACAUUAGCGUCGUUAAGCAACACCGCCGGUGAGUAUGCGAACGCAGGCGUGUCACCGAUGAGUAUGCAGAACCUCGUCACCUUGGCUGCCAUGACCGGCGGGAACGGAAACCUUCAAGUGUCGCCAAACACGUUAAGCGGACUGGCGAAUUCGACAGCAGGUAUGUCGCUAUCUGUCCUUCUUGGAAAGACCGGAAACACAGGGUCCACCGGAGGCAGUCUCAGUCCUGUGACGUCUCUCGCGCUCAAUUCCCUAACGGGGACACCUCUGAACGGGUUGCAGGAUUCCUUGAGCAACGCCUAUUCCAGUUUGCAACAAUACGCAGGGUUCCCGGCGUUUACGGCAGCGGCAGCUGCGGCCGCAGCAGCGGCCCAAAAGGCGAAAUUCGCCACCACCGAUAAGCAGAUAGAAGGUCCCGAGGGUUGCAACCUGUUUAUCUACCAUCUACCGCAGGAGUUCAGCGAUACCGAUCUCGUUUCAACGUUUGUGCCAUUCGGGAACGUCAUCUCUGCCAAGGUCUUCAUCGAUAAACAAACGCAACUGAGCAAAUGCUUCGGCUUUGUGUCGUACGACAACGCAGCGAGCGCGCAAGCGGCGAUCCAGGCGAUGAACGGUUUCCAGAUAGGCAUGAAACGGCUGAAGGUCCAACUGAAACGAUCCAAGGAUGCAUCGAAACCCUAUUAGCCGACGUCGACCACCGUUCGUAGGUAGAUACCCAAGGACUUCUCGGAUACCACGGCUCGGAUUCGACGACCCUGGUGUCCUUAAUCAAAAGCCAUGUUCACGCAUUCGAUAAUAGUCGCGGCAUCGAUCAUUGGUCGAGAUGUUCCGCGGGUCUGGUUUGAUAGAUCGUUUCAUUCGACGAGGGCAUUUCGAAGGCAUUGGUUCCUAAAAAGAGACAUCUCUAGUCAAACAGUAUUUUCGGUGGAGGUCGAAAAAACGGAUAUAUAUUCGCGAGCGACGCGUUUACCCCUUCCGCGCUUCGAAGUGGCGCCGAUACUCGCGUUAGAAGUUUCAUUUGACCAAAAAGAAAAACAAACAAACCAAAAAAAAAAAAAAACCACAUUAUCCUUCGAAACGAGGCUGUGAUAAUCAUGAAGACUUACGUCGUCAGACUUUUUUCCGAAGAAUGAAAAGUUACCGUCCUCUCAACGUUCUUUUUUUUUUCUCUUCCUUUUUUUUUUCGUCUCGCGAGAUAUACACGCGUAUCUCUUUUUUCGAGCUGACGUUUCUUUUUUUUCUUCUACUUGUUAGUCCGUCCAUAAAUUCUGGUAUUUUUUUUUUUUACCUAGAAAGAAGACUAUCUAAGAGCCUUCGAUUUUUUUGCGUGAAUCUAAGUACGCGAAGAUUAGUUUAUGCAACCGAAUUCGCGUAAAUAUCGCGAAGCACGGGUGUCACGCGAAUUCACGUGAUCGCGAUCGAGCGAAGGAUAUCUCAGAUACUCGCGGUUCUGGAUACAAAUAGGUACCGUACGAAUUUUUACAUCUUUACAACCUUUUUUUGAAUAUUUAUGACAAAUGUAUUUUAAACUAGAACGCAUCAAUUUCAACAUUUUCGCGACUUCUGCGUAUGUUUAACGUAACAAUAAAAUGCUCGGCAUCUGGUAUUUUUGAAAUUUGGUCGCAUCUUUGCAAAUUGAAAAAAUCGUAUUAAUUUCAAGAAGUUUUAAGAUCUGUUUUUAUAUUUAAUUCGGCUGGACUAUGCUCCUUCGCCGAAAUCAUCUAAUAAAUUCAUUUUUUUUUUUUUGAGAAAACACAUUUAAUAAGUUUCCAUUAAAUUCCUAAUUACCGUUUAAGAAGUUACGAAGAUGUUGAAAUUUCUGUAUUUGUACCUAGAGCUGUGCUUAUCCGUAAUUACAAUUAUGGAAAUCCCUUCGCCUGAUUCACAUGAAUCACGUGUACACGUGAAAUAAGGGGCUCCGCUACCUGUCUUUUCGCCGUAUCUCGUUUGCACUUCGAGAAACGGAAUCUCAGCCGCGAUCACGUUUACUUUAAAAUAAACGUUCUGCUCUUUCUGAACGCAGUGGUGACUCGAGGCACUUCAGUUCCCUUUUUCAACGAAGUUACGACAAAAAGUAGUUGUUCUAAUGCUUUCCAACGUUACAUUUGACUAAGCACUAGUGAAAACGUUGCAAUAUAUAUAUGUGUUCAAUUAACAUACGUAGAUCGUUAAGGAUAUUUUAAAACGUGUAUUUAUUUUCUUUGCGGGAAACUGUUUCCGAGUAAUGUCGCCACUGAUUCUGUACACGAAGAAAAUACGUAAGAGUUAUUACGAGCAAUUGCUGCCAUACGUCCAACACUUCUCAACCUUUUGCACUCUACGAAAUUAGACUAUACGUCGUUGACAGAACGAAAAAAAUCUUGGCAAUUUGCUGGAUUAUAUCAAACUUUAUAUUUUUAUUAACCAAACAUAAAUAUUCAUGAAUUAAGAUGGUUCAGUGGAAAUAUUACUGUCAUAUUUGCAACACUUUUAAAUCUUUUACUCGAUUUAUUUCGAACUUUAGAUUUUUAUUAACCAAGUUUUAAUUAUUACAUUAGUACAUCUAAAUUAACAUAGUUUAAUGGGAAUAUUAUAUUUGUUUCAUUAUUGAUAGUAGGACUCCUUCAACUGCAUGCACAGUUAGACUUUGGAGUGCAAAGGGUUGAUGAACGUAAUAAAUAAUACACGGAGUGUAUACGUGAAGUGUCAAACUUUUUCAAAUUAUUCAAGAAGAUGCAGAAACUUUUCGAUUUGUGAUUCAGUAGGUGAAACGUCAAUGAUCGGAUAUCUAUUGUCACGAAAACAAGACAUCACCUUAUAUUUCCAAGUGGAAUGAUAAAUAAAUUUCUACAAAUUUUAUCAUUGGUCUAAAUAACAUUUUGCUAGCUAUAUAAUAUAGCAGUGUGUAUAUAAUAUAUUAUAAUAUUUAUAAUAUAUUAUGAUACUUGUAAUAUAAUGUAAUAUUUGCUAAUGCAAAGGAAGAAUAAUGGCAACCAAGAGAAAACAUUUCAAGACAAUGAAAGUCUAUAUGAAAACUUCCAUAAAAGUGUAGAAAUUUAUUACUGCGUUUAAAAAUAUAAGCGGCAACCGAUCCUAUGUAUUUUUUUCAUGUACAGUAUACCAGGUGGAUCAUUUUUUUUUCGUCUUUCAAGUGCAAAAAGUCGAUGACAGCCUUCGAUAGAGGGCUUCGGCGUGAUACGUGCAGUGAGUAACUUUAUCAUUCGAACACCUCGCAAUUUUUUACUUCGUCGUUUAUAACUUUUUCUGUGACCAAGCAUAAAGUAAUUAAGGUACAGGUGACUAGAAUUAUAAUUAUUCAUUAAUAAUUACUCAUGUUUUUAAAUGCUCAAAGUUCAAAGAAACCGUUAUCAUCUUGUUGCAUCCACAGCAUCUUGUUCGUUAUAGACAAUUGUUUAAAUUAUCUCGUUAUAUAAUCAUUUUUUUUACGAUCUUACUGUAAUUUUUCACAUAAAACAACGAAAAGUUUCAAUCCAUAUAAAACGAUUUGAAUUUUCAUUAAAAAUAAAUUAUGCAACUAUCGAUUACACUUACGAAAAAAAAUAUGGUCCUACAAAUAGAAUACUCUUCGAAUCAUUCAUCUUUUCCCUCUGACAACAUUUCUUUUUAAAUGCUCUGAUUUAAAUUACGACCUGUCACACUUACUUGGCCCACCCUUUACAGCUCACCUACUUCAAUUUUCAUCAUAGAUAAAGUUGAAAAGCGACAUUAAAGUAAGAAAUUGUAAAGUUUAGAAAUAUCAAAGUUACUCGGUGUACGUCUGUACUCGAUCGCGCUGCAUCACAAUGAGAUCAGUACACUAGAGUGGUCUUUACUUUAAUGAUUUUUGAAGUCAUCACCCCCUGAAUUCCUUGCAAAUACGUAACAAAAUAAUUCCUGCAAAAUUUGAACUCUCAAUUUUAACAUCAACACCUGCACCAAACCUUCGAAAGUUUUUAAUGGAAAAUACAUGGGAAUUUGUUCAAUCGAUUACAUUCUCUUAUAACUCUGGUAAAAAUUGAUCAAACGAUUCGAAAUUUGUCAGUGUUAUUACUUGUGAUAAUAGGAACAAGCCUAAAAAUUUUCAAAUUUUUAUCUUAAAUGUUUCUUCGUAUAUCAGCCCAAUGAAUAUGAAGCUUAUAUUUUUGUAAUAUUAUUUUAAAUAGGAACCUAUUCGUAAUUUUCUACAAAAGUUCCAUAAACAAACUCAAGGUUGUUAUUUCAAGACAUUCAAAAAUUUAGUACAUCAAAAUUCUUCUUCCAUAAAAUAAUAUUACAAGUAUAUUUUAAGUAGAAUAAAUAGCUUCGUAUUUCCUGGUCUUAUAUACCAACGAAAUAAUUCAGAUAAAAAUUUGAAAUUAUUAAGGCUCGUUCCUAUCGUUACAAGUAAUAAUUCUGCCAAGUUUCGAAUGAUUUCGUCAAUUUUUACGAAAGUUAUGAAGAAAAGAAAGUGACCGAUUAAAAAAUUGCAAAAAUUCUUUUGUUCAUAUUUACGAGAUAUUCAGGGGGCGCGUUUAAUACAGAUUUCGAGAAUCAUUCAAACAAGGACCACCGGUAUACGCACGCUUGCCAACGCUCGUCCUUCGAUUCAAGAAGACGCAAGCCUGCCCUUAGCCCUAUACCGCCCCUUCCGACCCCCCUUUCGCGCCAGUGGUGUAAUCAAACUUCAUUUCGUUGCAACGGCUGCCAAUCAAGCUUUCUGUGCUAACUUUUGUGCACAAAGUGGAAUUACGUACGUGAAGUUUCACUAACAUUUUUUUCUUUUUCUUUUUUCUUUUUUUUUUUUUUUUACCGUAGCUCUCCUUCAGGAGAGUAAAAGUAGUUUCGCUUUGAGUUUAUUUUUUUUUUUCACGCAACGUAAGUCGUUACGUUAACCAAAACUUUCCAAGAUUCGCUUCACUCUUCUCUUGUUAUUGUUAAUACGUACAUAUACUCGUGCACACGUACGAUUAUACACGUUUGUAAUAUACAUAUAUACAUAUACAUAUAUUUAUAUACGUUUGUAACAUAAUCACCGUUCGGUAUCGCGCAUUGUCCUACCAAACGGUAGCAAUGGAAAACCACAACGACAUCUACCUCGCUAAUUUAUUAUGAUUACGCCACUACUUUUAUUACGCAAUCACGCGAGUUAGUACCUCGUUUGUUGUACAGGGCACAGAACUUGGAACGUUCUAUCGUGACAGUAAUAUCUCGAAGUUUGAUGGUUAAUUACGCUAUGACGCUUUAUUAGUUGUUAGUACUAACAUUGCCGUGUUCUUUUUUUUCUUUUUCUUUUUUUUUUUUUUCACUGGGAUGUCGCCGAUCGUCGGUAACGAUCGACGCCCGGAAACGAUUCAUCGAUUCUUUCCACGCGGAACGCGCGAAACGGUGAAACUUUAUUCGAACGCGGUGCGGCAUCGAUGAAUCGCGAUGGGCGGGAAACGAAGCAACGAGGAUCAAGAAUCGAUCGUAUAUUUCGUGAACGAAGGCUGUAUUUUCCUGUAGAGGAAAGAAAAAAUUCGAGAGCUGGAUCCUCGGUUGCUUCUGUUAGAAAACGACGGAUCGGCAAUCUACCUGCGCACGCGUUGCACGGUGACGUUACGUUCGAGAUCCUGCGAGUGUCGUUGUUAAAAAUGAAUCGUUCGCGUUUCGAUUCGUAAAUUCAUUCCUCGUCGUUUUUUCUGUCCGUUUGAGUAUGCAUUGUCGGUUUUGCUCGGAGGGAUGUAACCGUAACACUUACUUAGAGAAACUAGCUUCGAAAUUGCCGAAGGGGAGGAAACAAAGGUUCGAGACGAGGCGAGGCGAUGAACGUUGAGCUGCCUCGCGAAUAAUUCGCAGGUUCGGUGAAAACGAUUAAUGUUCCAAGGAACCGUCACCGCGCACGUUUGCCCGGGGAAUCCUACAUAUCUGGUGUGUGGUGGUGACUAACCUGUCCGUGUGUUUGUUUGUGUGCCAGCAGGUGGCCUGUGACGUUGUGACCGUGUUCUCGAUCGGAGUCGCCGUGCCAUGUCAGUCUCAGUCAGUCCAAUCGGUCAAUCGUUCGAUCGAUCGGUCAGUCGAUCAGUCGAUCAGUCGAUCACUCGAUCAGUCACGACUCCUUGGUCAGCCUCUUGAUCAGUCAUUCUGUGUCUGUCGGUGCCUGUGCACAACUGCCCGCCCACUCGCUCCUUUUUGCAAGAAGUGGAUGCUGCCCGCCUCUGCUCCUAUAUAUGUAUAUGUACAUAUAUACAUAUAAAUAUCCCUCCUUUCCCCGUACGUCCAUCCAGCAGAAAUUCCACGGACCGCGUCCAUCCACCUACGAGCUACCUCUACGUUUUAUUUCGCGAGCCGUUUCCAUGGUCGCCACUGCUUGGUCUUCUUCCAUUUAAACGGGAGUAGACAUGGCAACCGAUUGUCGAUCGCGGCGCGCUUAACGCCGCCCUAUACCCCCCAGUAAACCGCCCGCUAUGUAAUAAAGCGAUAGAGAGAAGAAUACCCCCUCGAUGAACGUCGGCCAGCCUAACCGGACCAAGCCGGUGCGAAACAAAAUUUAAUCGAGGUGCACGAAAACGGAACGAGAGGAAUCGCCGUGGGAUAAAAGACAUCUCGAUCUCGCGGUAUCGGGAAGCCAACGGAAACGACCGAUCCGUCGUUCGGGAGUCGGAUGUAAAAAAAACGUAGCUAAGCGGAAGUCGACGACAGAAACCCGACGUACGAGCACACUAUGUUUUAUGUUCCUCGGGGCUGAACUGUGACGCUACCUUUACUCUCUGUUUAUCUGUAUGUGUGUGUAUAUAUUACGUAGCAUAUGCGAACGUAUGCAUACCCAUAUAUAUUUAUAUGUAUAUAUGCGCGCGUGUGUACAGACCGCGCCUGCGCCAGUAAUGCGAUCUAAACCUGAUACCGGGACGAGCCGAUAGUUUGCGUCGGGACCGUGACCGCAAUAUGUCGUUCGACGUCGGGACCGAGGGAUCGAAACGAACGGAAUAGGGGACGAAUCAAUUUUAGAUCGUAACGAAUCCUUCGUGGACCUUUAGCGUAAGAGAUAUUCACGUACAAUCACUAAUUAGCCGUUAACGCGUUGAACGUCGCGCCGAUUUUCCGCGCGUCGGUACCGAAGCUUCUCGUUCGGGCCGCGUCGCGUCGCGCUCGUCUCCGCUCGAAAUUUAAAAGAAAGGGUUGGACGUCGACGUCGUUGUCUGAAAAAUUAUGGCUUCGAAGUGUAACUACAACGGUACUUGUAUUUUUUAAUGUUUGGAACCUUCGAGGCUGUAGAAAAUAAAAUUCAUUGAACGGAGGUAUCGCGGAAAGAGAAUUUUACGGAAAUUGUAUUCAAAUUUCGCGCGAUCUGAAUAAGAUACGAUUUUAUUUCUCGAAUCGAAUUUAUUUCUUUUCUCGAAUUUUAUCGUAUCCCGUACUUAUUACACUUUUAAAUUCAGAUUGGACCGGCGAUUUGCAGCAUAAUUAUACCCGACGAUUCUAGUCCCAACAUUCACCGCGAGAUUUUGAUCCAGUUAACGCGGUGGUCAUUCGAUAAUAACAUUCCGUUCUUGAAUAUACAACUCGUUGUUUUAAACCAGCACGCAAUUGAUGUAUUUUUCGUUCAAGAAUCUAGAAUACUUAAAAAUUCAGGUAGUAGCUGUAGGUAUGCUUCGGAGGGUGGUUCAAAAAGAUACCAAGCAAACGUUACCUGUGAUAUCUACAAAGAAAACCCUCGUAUUUAGACUUAACACGUUGGUCGUCACAACCCAAAAAUGGAUGACGAUACUAAAAAGAAUUCAAUGCGAAGGUGAAGCUUUAACCGAAAUAAGGAUUCGUGAAUUCAUAGGAUUCGUGAAUUCGGCAAGGUUAACAAAUUUAAUUAAAUAGAUUAUCUAACGUUCAAUCUUCACGAGUGUUAGUCUAGCAGCCAACCUGUUAAUAGAUUAUAUUAAUUUCUUACCGAAUUAUUAUAUACUUCAUUUAUUACUUAGCCUGCGGAUGUUUAUGCAUUUAUAGCAAAUUGAAGCAGUAAUUAAAUCUAUGAGAACGUUCACAAAUCCAUCCGUAAAAUAUCAACAACAAUAUACAUGUUAUGUCGUUUGGAAGGUAAACCAUACUUUCGUUUAAGUUGAUUUUUCUGUAUUUCUACAAAUAUUACUUUGCAUGAACAACCCCAGUCUAUAAGUUGCUCUCGAUUGCGGAAAUACCGACGUCCCUCGACGAAAAAUAUUCAACCAGCGUACGCAAGGACACGUACGACGACGUACCCUAAAUAAAAAGUUCAUCGUCGAUGCGCGCAGGGACGCGGCGCGACGUUCAACGCGUUACACGGACAAAAGUAUGCCGUGUCCGUGAAACGGUACGGUGUACCUUGUAUCAUACGGGAACCCUAUCCGCGCAUAUAUUAAUUUAGCGACCGAGAAUCGGCUCGAUCGAUUCGAGUUUUUCGGGGUAUCGCUGCCAGCGUGUCGCGGAACCGCCUGUUCAUAUGUAGAUACGCGCGCUGACGCGCCGGCUAACCGAAUACAUACUAGGGAAGGAAAAAAGUAUAGAACAAUGAGGAGGUACGCUAGAUUGCGAGACGCGCAAACGAAGCGACGAAGAAUGGUCAGUUCGAUUUACCGUGUAAAUUAAAUGGUGUAAAGAUUACCAAAAAACGAAAAAAAAAAAAAAUACAGAACCAAAAGAAGAAAAAAACAGAAAGACGAAACUUGGAACAAGGAAAACAAAAGAAGCAUAGGGGGAAACGAUACAUAAGUAGCAUUUUUUAAUGACUUUGUGAUAACGUUGUACCGUACAUAGGAUUGGACUAGGGUCGCUUUUUAAAGUGUGUAUGAUAAGCGUGGCAUAAGAAACUUAACGAUGGAAAAUUUCGAGACUAAAGCGUUUUCUUUUUUAUUUUUCAUCGGGUGACAUCUCAGUAACGCGAUCGUUCUCUCUCUCUCUUUCUCUCUCUCUCUCUCUCUUUCUCUCUGAUUUUUUUUUUUUCUUUCAUCGCAGGUAUCGAGAAUAAUGCUUAUUAUCGUUGAUUCGUAUUUUUCCGAUCUCUGUUGGGCUCGAACCCGGACGAAUGGUAGUAUCCAUCGAAAAGAAAACGGUACCCAGUGCUUCGUUUAGUGGCAUGAUGAAAAAGAAAGAAGAAAAAAGAAAAAGAAUCGGACAAAUCGAACGGGACAAUUUACUCGUCGGAAUGGCGAUCACGUGGACGUUCGAUUAUGCGAAUUAAUCUUGAGUUAAUAACAAGUUUUUGUUACGAUAUCCGACAAAUACAACAAUUUUACGAAUUACAUGUGGAUGUAUCUCGGGGAGGGGGGGGGGGGGUUAUUCGUUGCUAACGUUUUGUUUUCGUCCGGGUAGCGCUAAAUUUUUAUUUAGAAAGAGAACAGAAGCGGCCAGGAUCGUCUGUCAGUAUUGUGAAACGUUUUCUUUUCUUUUCUUUUUUUUUUUUUUACCGCUCGGCUAAGGAUUCCGAAUUUACAAUUGCGGACGCUUACAAUUAUUGUUACUGAAGCAAGAUUAACUCAUCGUCGUCAUUUUUUAGGUACUUAAUUUCGUUAUAAACUUAGAUCGAGAAAGGUAUACGAUUCCUGUGAGAAGAAAUCGAAGAAUUCCGAGAGUCCAGAAAUGGAUAGCUGAUAGAUUGAAAGUAACGUUAAUCCAGUCUGCAUUAUCGCACGCGUCUCUGUCGUCACCAGUCUGUAGAAUGGUACUCUCUGUUCCGGAAAUUAAUGAUCAACUGCAGAUUUUAUGUGUUUACGAUAUAAGCCAAUACCAGAAAUACAUGCUUCACACGAUAAAGAAUUACAGUCAAUCCCAUAAAGACCCUCUAUUAAAGAAAUUUGUCCAAAUUAAGUGACGAGUUCGAUGUCUCCAGGUAGAUGUUUGAUUAUAAAUAUCUAUAUAAAUAAACUUUACACGUAUAUGUAAUUAAAAUGAAAAAUGUAUUUGGAACAUAAAACCUGUCGUUUAAUUCCAACAAAUUUCUUUAAUGGUAAUAAAGGGUACGAGUACUUGUGGGACUGACUGUAUAUGCAUUUGUGCAAAACGAAAUAUUAAUAUUAUUCUAUUAAUUAAUAGAAUAUAUUCUACAUGCAUUAUGUAUAUUUUUUUGUAUGUUUUUCAUAGUAGUGCUCUACAUAAAUGCAUAAAAUCCGCACUGCAACGUUGUUCGAUGAUGGUGCUAGCUCUCCCUUUGGGAAAAAAAAAGAUUUUAAAAUAAAUGAUAAGGAGAGAACAAUGCACAAAUGUUAAAAGAAUAAUCUGUUUCGAGCUUGAAAAGGAAUCGACAGACCCAACGUAUUGUAUUCAUGAGAUUUGUAGAUUUUCAAGCUGUAUUACUUUAUUAAACAGAUUAAAUCUGUACAUUUUCGAAGUAAAAAUGAUGUUGUAUCGAGAACUACGAUCGGUUAUUCAUUUGUCCAGAUGCAGCGUGAUCGGUCGUACAAACAUCGAAAGUACUUCAUUCGUAAACGCUGAUGUAUCGUUUUCCAGCUUCAUCUAAUCUACAAAACUCACGCGUACACGUAAUAUAUCAGCUUUGAGUACAUCGCUGGUGCUUAGUCGUAUUAGCAAGACAAAUUUCUCUGGGAAAUGUAACGAAAUUAUUUUUCUUUUUAUAUCAUGUUCUGGAGCGACAGCUGCAUAAAGGAAAGUAAUGCGAGGAGGGAGCACGAAUUAUUAGGUAAUGGAAUUAAAAAAUGGCGUCCAACGUUCGAUCGCAGAGACGACCGGGUUUCCUGAACAAAUUUGUCUUAACGAUACUGUCAAAGCGACUUGUCGACGUUCAAAAUGAAAACAGGCUGGUGAAUCAGUGAAACAGUGCAGGAGAAUCCACGGCUGGCUCUCUUUUUAAUCCAUUUCUACGAAUCGUCCCGUUUGCCGUCCCUCCUUUCUCCUUUCCCUCUUCGUUAUCAAAGAUUCGUUCAAAUUUCGAUUUCUAGCUGUUGUUUGCUUUGCACAGAGUCUGUUUCAUCAAAUUCCGCCAAAAUCCGUGUACCCGAGCGUAUCGCUGGAAUGAAACAAAUUCUUUUCGAUGACAAUAACACACAAUUUACACGCACGCGUCAAACCAAAUGAACGGGGCAGCGAACGGCAACCUUUUACGAAUGUACAGAGUGGCCAGCUGGAAACGAAGUCUAUUUAUCGAAAGCAUCAACGAAAAUGUUCGAGGGGAAAGUUUGGAUAAUUUUAUGGGGACAGCUUCGCAGAUCUUUUUCACAGUUAUCGUGGUUGGAAAUAUUUUCAUUGCUCUUUUUUUUUCGGAUAGAGACAAAGCACCGAGGAUCGUGAAUGUCGAGAUUGUUAUGUGUUACGUAAUUCUACGUCAACGAUUCUGUACCGAGUGCCUUCGAAUGAAACAUUUCAUUUUAGAUUAACGGUAAUCUUAAGUACAGAUAGUCGCGUUCUUUGUUUAGGGGAAUAUUAAUUAAAUUUAUUAAGGUGGAGGCUCGGUUCGCUACGCUGAAAGUCAGGCAUUCUUUUUCUUUACGAAUUUUUUAAAAAACAAUGUAUUCAGCGAAUCUUCGUGAAACUCGCGGGAUCUUUUAUUGGAUACAUGGUGAUAACAAAUCAUUUUGUUCAAUACAAAAUUGUACGCGUUCUUCUUGUUUAUUAUAUAAUUCCAUCGUCGAUGUACCUAAAUCUUUGAUAACAAAAGUUAAGCUAAACAAUUUUUUCACGCAAAUAAUGAGAAAAUUGUUUGGCAAAAGCACUGUUUCUUCUUUCAACGUCUACGUUUUUUUUCAAUUUUGUACUUUUCUCGCGAUUUAUAGAUGCAUCGUCGAUAUAAUUAUACGAUAGACCAGAAAAUCUUUAGCUUCUUUAUUCGAGGCCAAAAAUUCAAAGCUCUAGAAUCUGUCUACAAAUAUGCCCACAUACGUGGCUUAUCCGCUUACAAUUUUAUAUUGAACAAAAUUAUUUGUUUCACAAAUACACUGCAAGUGUCACAAACGUUCGCUAAUUACGUUAUUUUUAAACGAUUCGUGAGAAAAUUCCUCAUUUACGCUAUCCUGAACGGGGCUCCCCCUUCAAGAAUCGCGACUUGGAAGAAAAAAGUUGUGAAAGGAUAACGUAAGCUAUCAGUAGACGGUAUCGACCUGUAAAACUAUUCGAUGCCUCGAACAUUCGCGUACGUUAACCGUAUACAGUGACAAGCAUACAGUAAUUUACACUGUAAAGAUGACAUAACUAGGAGUGAUUGUUUUUAGCGAGCCACUACUGUAAAUACAUUAGACGUGGUUGUUUCGUGCUCCCGUGCAAAUUACCAAAGACAUCUUCUUUAAUUAAAUCGAUGUACUUAUGCACCGUUAACGACUAAUUAUCUCACUCACACUUACACGCAUACACGUACACACAUACACGUUCAGCCGAUAACGAUUAACCCGCGCUAGAAUCAAGCACGCGUUACACGUUCUUAAGUCUUACGCGUAAAUACAAAUGGAGCCUAGUCAGAAGUAACAUUACGAUUAAUGUAUCACCUUUUAUGUUCGUGUCAUCUUUCUCACCACAUUCUUUCUGGCACGUGCGUUUACAUCGUUGUUUAGUGCUGCUAUGUUUACUAUUAUUAUCACAACCAUUAUUAUUAUUAUUAUUAUUAUUAUUAUUAUUAUUAUUAUUAUUGCUAUCUCCCACUUUACCGAUGAUUAUCGUUACCCUUAUUAUAAUUAUUACGAUUUAUUGCUAUCGCUGUUGAUAGAUUGCGAAUAUUAUAUUAUGACGUAAUUAUUAUUGUCGCUAUGAUUCAUGAUGGUAUCGUUAUUGUAAAAUUUUAUUAUUAUCAUUAUUAUUACUUUUGUAUCUAUUAUUAUUAUUAUUAUUAUUAUUAUUAUUAUUAUUAUUAUUA